CUGUUUAAGGGACUUCGACGGCUGUUGUUUUCGGCUUACACCCACCAGCAGAUCAGCGAGAUCCUUCGAAGUCGACUCAUCGGUUUGAACGGUGGGGUGGACUCGGAUGCCAUACAGCUGGCAGCGCGCAAAGUGGCGGCGGUGUCCGGUGACGUUAGACGCGCUUUGGAAAUCUGCCGUCUGGCGGCCGAUAUAUCCGCGAAAGAAUCCGGUAAAAAGUCGACUCCUCGAGUGAUCCUGACGAUAUCACACAUCAAGGAAGCACUGAAGACCAUGUCGGAAAACCCAAAGCUUCAGAUGAUCAGGAAUGCGUCUGAACACGAAAAGCUGCUGUUGCGGUCGGCACUGGCCGAGUACAGGCGAGUGGGUGUAGAAGAAUUCGAGUUAUCGACGACCAUUCGACACUACCGUGACUUGUGCGACAGUGACGGCUUGAACUGUCUCAACCGCGAGACCCUUCAUCGCUGUGUGCAGAACCUCAUCGAAUCCGGUUUAUUCUUUGCCAGUCCCGGGCCGCAGGAUUACACGCGUCGAUUGCGUUUCAACAUCAAUCCGGAAGAUAUCGAGUACGCACUGAAAACCGUCAAUGGUUAG